AUGGCCGAGCAAGUGGAGCUGCUCGUGGACCGAGCGACGGACGAGACGCUCGUAGAGCCCGAGUGGGCGCUCAAUAUGGCGCUCUGUGACUGUGUAAACGCGCAUACUGACGUGUGUGAAGACGUGGUGCAUUUCUUGCAGCGGCGGCUGCAGCUUCGGCAGUCAAAAGUGGCGCUUUUGGCUCUGAUCCUGACCGAGACGCUGGUAAAAAAUGGACCGCAAGUGCUGCACACGCAAGUGGGUACACCCUGGUUCCUCCAGGAGAUUGUGGCGCUUGCUGAUGGGAGACUGGGAGGGGACGUGCAGACUCGAGCGCUGCUGCUGAUCCGUCAAUGGGCCGAGGCUUUUCAAGGUCAGAGCGAGUUGACGGAGUUUCAAGACGUGUAUCAGCAGCUACAGAAGCAGGACGUUACGUUUCCAGAGGUGCGAAACGACGUCCCGAUCUUUACGCCGCCGUCGUCGACGACAUCGGCUUGUGCUGUGAGUGAAGGAGACGAGAGCGCUGCUGCUAAUGCGACGGUGGGGAGACGCACGAGAGCGCAGCAAUUGGAGAAGCUGCAAGCUGAUCUGGUCGUGGUGCAAGAGAAGAUGAAGCUAUUGGGGGACUUGCACGCCCGUGGACAGCAGGGAGAGGAGAUGGAAGACGUGCUGGAUUUUCUCCGCCAGUGUCAGCAGAGGAUGAACACGCUGAUUGAAGGUGGCGUCAUGGGCAAGAUCGAUGAGCGCACGCUGGAGCAGUGUCUGAAUGUGAAUGAUAGCUUGAUGAAGAUACUGAAAGAGUGCAGCAAGCCAGAGAUGAAGGAUAUGAUGACUUUUGACUCGCCCCCACGUGCAAGUCAAGCGUCGGAAUUGCUGGAAGGUGUGGAUCAGCUGAACUUGGAUGAAGAAAACAAGGCGACGGCUUCAGCAGCUGCAGCUUCACGGCCCGUCCCUGCUGUACCCUCGAUGCCCGCCACAUUCGAUGGUGAAGGUAUGCUGUCGACGACCGUGUGA